UCCUUCCGUGAUUCGAUUGCUAUAGAUAAAUAUUGAAGUUUUAUUUAAGAAGUUGGGUACUGCUAAAUAUGUGUGCGCGAGUAAUGUGGUGCGCAUGUGCGGCGCUGGCGACGCUGGCGACGCUCGCGGCGGCGGCCGGCAUCUCCGUCGUGCAGCUCAGGGCGCAGUACGACACGCAGUACGAGCUGCCGCUCAACCGCACCCUCGAGUACAUCCUGGAGUUCCCGCCGACGCCGGGGGCUGCAGAGGGCGAAGCGCGACCGGGCGUGCUGUGGGCCGCCAGCUCGGGUGGAGACGCCGCUCACCCAGUGCUGCUCACCGUGCGCCAGCCCGCCGGCGUGACGACGUGGCAGCUGCCGUACGAGGUGGGCGAUGCGGGAGGCUCGGGAGGUGCGGCACCGCUACAGCUGCAGCGCACGCUGUGCCCCGCGGACACGGCGCGCGCGCCCGACGACUCUGGCUGCGGCGCCGCCGACGAAGGUGAAGGCGAGGGUGCGGCGCGCGGGCUCUCUUUGCACGUGUCGUCGUCGUGCGCCGCGCAGCUUCUCGUACAGGUGGAAGUGCGCCUGACACACCGCUGGCGCCUACCUUUCUCGGAACCGGUCACGCUGGCAGCCUCGCUGACGGCGCCGCAGGUGGUGCACUACCAGUUCGAGGAGGUGCAGCACAGUGUGCGGCUCGAGCUGCGCUCCGAGGACGACGUGUGUGUGUCCGUGUCCGUGCAGGACUACUCUUGCCCGAUCGCGCAGUCGCUGGCGGACAUCGGCAGGCCGGGCCUGCGCAUGACCAUGCAGCGCUCCGCCGCCGUGCAGCUGUCGCGGCGGCAGUUCCCGCGCGGGUUCGUGGUUGUUGUGCUCGUGCAGCCUUCGCCAGCGGCGUGCGGCGGCGCGGAGGCGGAGACCGGGGCGCCCGCCGACUGGCUGUGGGCGGACGCCGUGCUGGGCGCCGAGCCGCAAGCCACGUCGUCGCCCGCCAGGACGAAGGAGUUCACCGUCACCAUUGAGGCGGCGCUGACGCGCGCGCAGUACGUGACGGCCAUCGCGGUCACGGCGGCGCUCUUCCUGGCCUUCUACGUGGCGUUCGGGGUGCUGGUGCUGGCACGGCGUUGGCCGGCCUGGGCGCGCCUAGUGCGGCCGCACGCCGCGCCCGCACUCGACUCCCAGCCCGCGGCAACGCCGCCCCCAGACCACGCAAGCGAGGGCCACACGGACGGCGCCGCCCCGCCUGGCGCUCCGCCCGCCGGCCGACGCCGUCGCACUUCUGUGGAUACGUUUGACAGCAGCGACGACAGCUCGUCCGAGGAGGAGGAGCCCCCCGCCACCACUGCCACCACUGCCACCACUGUCACCACCGCCACCCCCACCACGCCCGCCAACGGACAUACGGCGUUAGAUGGUGGACAAGGCGCAUUCGGUCUGCCAGCUCGGCUGCGGCUGGCGCAGUUGGCGCGCCGGCGCGAGCGCACGCUGCGGGCUCGCUCCGACCGCUACCUGUACACGUUGCUCACCGUCGCCGUCUUCUACGCCCUGCCCGUGCUGCAGUUCGUCGCCGUCGUCAAGAUCAUCCUGAACUUGUCGGGCUCGCUCGACAUCUGCUACUACAACUUCCUGUGCGCGCAUCCGGCGGGCGUUCUCAGCGACUUCAACCACGUGCUGUCCAACCUGGGCUACCUGCUGCUGGGCGCGCUCUUCGCGCUGCAGGUGCAGUUGCGACGAGCUCGUCGCCGCGCACGCCCGCGCGCGCCAGAGUACGGCAUCCCGCCGCACCACGGCCUGCUCUCCGCGCUCGGCGUCGCCAUGAUGAUGGUGGCCUUGCUCUCCGCCACCUACCACGUCUGCCCCAACAAGAUCAACUUCCAGUUCGAUACGGCGUUCAUGUACGUGCUGGCGGUGCUGAGCAUGGUGAAGAUUUACCAGUCACGACAUCCUGACGUCAACGCGCGCGCUCACGCCACCUUCGGCGUGCUGGCCGUGCUCAUGGCGCUGGUGGUGUGGGGUGUGCUGGGCGGCGGCGCGCUCUUCUGGGGCGCGUGGACAGUGCUACAUGUCUUCACCUUCCUGCUGCUCUCCUUGCGUAUCUACUACGUCGGACAGUUCCGCCUCGAGAAGCACAGCCUGCAGGAGGCGGCGCGCGAGCUGCGGCGCGGCGCUCGGCCACUGUACGGCGCGCGGUUGGCCAUCCUGCUGGCCGGCAACGCGCUUAACUGGCUGCUCGCCAUCUACGGGCUGGUGCGUCAGUCGGGCGACUUCGCGGGGCACAUGCUGCAGGUGCUGCUGGGCAACACGCUGCUGCACAUGGUCUCGUACCUGGCGCUCAAGCUGGCGCACCGCGAGCGCCUGCGCUGGUACGCGUGGUGCUGGCUGGCGGGCGCGGCGGCCGCCUGGGCGCCCGCGCUCUACUUCUUCGUGUCCGGCUCUUCCGACUGGUCGACAGCGCCCGCGCUCUCCCGCCACUACAACCACCACUGCAUGGUGCUGCAGUUCUACGACUCCCACGACCUGUGGCACCUGCUGUCGGCUGUGGCGCUCUACUGCUCCUUCAACGCCAUGCUCACCUGGGACGACGGCCUCUCUGCUCUCAAGAAAACAGAUAUACCCGUCUUCUGA